GGAGGUAUAAAGAGAGGGAGGGAGUAAUAUAAGAGAGGCAGCCAUAGAGGGAGAGGUGACAGAGUAGAUUAUCCUCCUCUCCUCUCCUCCUCUCUGCCAGCCUCAUCAUGUUCAUGCUGCAGAUGUUGACUGUUAUCUCUCUGACUGUUAUUCUCCUGGCAUCUGUGGAAGGUAAAGGCGUGCAGAUGCAAAGGGAUGUCCAGUGCUGCAUGUUGUACUCCCAGGGCAAGGUGCGUACCAAAGAUGUGUUGCGGUUUGAGGUGCAGACGGAGGGGCCCGACUGCAGUAUACAAGCCAUCAUUCUUUACACGAAGAAGGCAGUGAAAUGUGCAGACCCCAGAGACCGGAAGGUGAAGAGGCUGCUGAGGAAGCUCCUGCAGAGACAGAGAACCAAGGCCCACCGAACCAUGUGGCUCCUUCCUCAUGACAACCUGCCCGUCAUGUCAGAGGACAAAAAAGACAACUGGGCAGUUCUCAAUGCCGAGUGAUGGAGCACCAUCAAAUAUGGAGGAAAACUCAUAGUCAUAAGCCAAGUAAACUUUCAGUGACUUGUCAUCUUUACACGGCGAAGCUCGCUGAUUCUCCAGUCGUCUUGUGUCUCUCUCUAUCUACACUAUCUGUUUCCCUGGGACCAGACCUGGGCAGCAAUACAUAUUUAAAUGGCUUUAGAUAUUUAAACAUGAACUGUGCUUGAAAUAUUCCCAGACAUGUGGCUGGAAAAGCCUCAACAGAGGAGUAUUUACUUGUAAGAUAAGUUGAAUUGAUUUUUUUUGUUUGUUUUUUAAUGGCUCAUACUGUUAUUUGCCAGAGUCUGCCUGGAAGUGUCUCCUUCUACAAUAACAUUACUACUCGUGGCUGAUGUGAAAUCAGUUUUAAAAAAAGUUUAGUUAAACAAAUGAUUAACGAGCAGUGAUAUUAAUAUUGUAUAUCAGCAUACUCUAUGCUUAUUUGUGACUUGUAUACCUUCAGUGAUGUGUAAUGACACUGCACACAGCGCAGACUUUGAAAUGAUAUGUUUGACUGUUAGACAGGUGAAAUCAAAGUGGGAUCAGUGAGAAGAUUUCACCUGGACACAACUUCCUGUGUGACAUAGAGAGCAAAUGUUCCUGAUAUUAUGUCCACUCUAUAUAUUGACUGUUUGUAAACCCACUUGAAGCCCAAGUCAAUCUUUUAAAAGGAGGCCCUCAGGCAUCUACCAGAGAUUUAAAUAUCUACACAUUUGCAGUUUACAUUUGUCUUUUCCACAGAUAGUCCGUCACAAAACUAUGCCAAAGUAUUCAUGAUUCAAUUCACCACAUGGCAAGGCUGUUAAAUCUUAGAGGGCUCAACUGUGUGUGAAACACACAAGUAUUGUAUUGUAGAAGAAUGCACUGUAUGUUAAAACAGUAACUCAAGUGAACUAUUUUAUAAAUUAAUCUGAAAUA